AUGGGUGUCUUCAAGACAUUGUCAAAGGUUGCCGCGUACGGCACAGUAGCAGGAGCCGGAGGAUGGGCUCUCUACACAAGAAAGUCCAACUUUGUCCCCCUGUCACCCUCGGAUUACAUUUACAACACGACCUUCUAUGCUCGCAACAACCCCGAGAGAAACCCUGCAACAGCCGACUUGUGUGUGCGCAGGGUACCGCUGAGUCAGAUCAAGCCCGAGUACCUUGAGAAGGAAGGAAAGCUGGUCGAGAAGUUCUGCGCCGGCGUGUGGGGAGGCCUCGGUGAGUGCAUUUGUUUUCGCCAAUACCUCGAGAAGAAAUACCGCGAUGCCGACACCGAGUCUCAAGUGUGGGACACCAAGGCCCUCUUAGAAUCCGAAUACCCCGUUGGCACACAGAUCACAGACCACUUCGAGGUCCUCACCAAGACCCCCGAGUCAAUCAUUGUGCGCUGUGGUGACUCUCCUCGCAAGAUGGAGGUCAGACCUAGCGAUGGGCUGUUUGAGAUGAGGGCAGAGAUCAAGCAAGACGAGGGUGUUGCCGAGUUCCAGCUGAAGAGUGUCUUCUACCAGGGUCUCGGUAAGGCGACUGGCAAGCCGAUGCCUGCACACAUCGAGUUCCUGCACAGACAAUAUACCAAGUUGUGGAUGGAGACUGCCAUCAGCAAUGUCACGCGAUGA